AUGAAUCUAUUGUUCAUCGCAUACGGAGUCAGCGGAUCUAGCAAGCCCAAGACGAAGAGAAAUCUAAAGACGUACCUGAACGGUGACCUGAACGGUCUAUCGAAGGAAGAUGCGAAGACGUGUUCGACGAUCGCCGCAACGUAUGAAGUCGACGAAGACGGACGGUUGUUUUAUUGCCCGAAGACCCUGACACGAGACGAAGAUCGCGACGAUGUCGUCAGACUGGUGGUGCCGGAAAGCUUGCAACAGGAGUUCCUCCAUCAUUACCACACGAGCCUGGAAGGAGGCCACCAGGGUGUCGGGAGAACAUACCGUAGAAUCCGGACGCGUUUUCACUGGCGUAAUCUGUACCGAAGUGUCCAGCGCUACGUAGGGGAAUGCACAGAUUGUGAGACAGGGAAAGGGAAACCCACAGAUCAAGGAAGGUCGCCGGGGAAUGUGCAAGGCACGUACCCGUUCCAGGUCAUAUCCAUGGACCAUAUCCCGUCGCUACCGAAGUCCUUCAAAGGGAACACGGAGUUGCUGAUCUGGGCUGACCUGUUCACCGGAUACAUAAGAUGUUGCUUCCUGGUGAACGAAUGGGUUGGUGGUCGUCAAAACGAUUCGACCAACGAGAGCCAACAUGAGUAUUAUUUUGACAAGAUUGGCCAAACGGCUACGAUUGCAACAGAUCAAGGACACGGACGUGAGCUCGAAGUGCAAAGUAUUAAGAAAGGAAAAAUGUCGACGAGCAUUCGAGUUGCCGCUAAGAUUACUCUGGGAUAG